CUUGCAACUUUUUCCCCGCGUCGAUCCCAUUCAUUAAUAAUGGAAAAUAAGAAGAGAAAGGGAAAAGACGAUGGGGUACUGGAAGAAGAAGAAGAAGAGAUGAUGAACAAGUUUUACACGCUGUUGCGGAGGUUCCGAGACGCGCGCGAUGGACGACGAAAGGAGCUUGAGGAACUACAGAAGAGUGAGAGGAAGAAGAAGAGGAGUAAAGUGGGGACAGAGCAACACCAUGUUUGGGUGCCAUCGUUUGAAUUGGAAGAUUUCAUAAACGAGGCUGAAUUCAGAGGACAACAACCUCUGCGAUUCCCAACUUCAUCUGCAUCUCCUUCGCCACGUGGCGGUGGCACAGACAAACAACGUAAGAACGACGACCAACACUCUCACUCUCUGGAUCUCAACCUCUCUCUCUAGCUAGCUAGCUCUAUAUCCUCUUUGAAUCCUUAUUCUCUCCCUUUUUCCCCAGAAUUUAAUUUUUAUCAUGAAAAUUGUAACCAAGUACUUUUUUUCUUCAUAAUUAACAGUUUGAUUAAUUGAUCUCGAUGAUUUUUUACUA